GCGGACGUCGCGCCAAGGCUCGGGCGGGCGGGGAGCAACGGCCGCGGACGCCGCGGGGCCGCGUCGUUGAGGGCAGGGAGCGGGCUGAGAGCGCCGGGCGCUCAGGCCGCGAUCGCCGGCGCCAUGGGCAACCGCGGGAUGGAAGAGUUGAUCCCGCUGGUCAACAAGCUGCAGGACGCCUUCAGUUCCAUCGGCCAGAGCUGCCACCUGGACCUGCCGCAGAUCGCCGUGGUGGGCGGCCAGAGCGCGGGCAAGAGCUCGGUGCUCGAGAACUUCGUGGGCCGGGACUUCCUUCCCCGAGGUUCAGGAAUCGUUACCCGGAGGCCUCUCAUUCUGCAACUCAUCUUCUCAAAAACAGAAUAUGCUGAGUUUUUGCACCUCAAGUCCAAAAAGUUUACAGACUUUGAUGAAGUCCGACAAGAGAUUGAAAAUGAGACUGAAAGGGUCACGGGGUCCAACAAAGGCAUCUCCCCAGUGCCCAUCAACCUGCGUGUCUACUCACCACAUGUGCUGAACCUGACCCUCAUUGACCUCCCGGGCAUAACUAAGGUGCCUGUGGGGGACCAGCCCCCAGACAUUGAGUACCAGAUCAAGGAAAUGAUCCUGCAGUUCAUCAGCCGGGAGACCACCCUCAUCCUCGCCGUUACUCCUGCCAACAUGGACCUGGCCAACUCCGAUGCCCUCAAGCUAGCCAAGGAGGUCGACCCCCAAGGCCUGCGGACCAUUGGCGUUAUCACCAAGCUCGACCUGAUGGAUGAAGGCACUGAUGCCAGGGACGUCCUGGAGAAUAAGUUGCUUCCUUUGAGAAGAGGCUACAUUGGUGUGGUGAACCGCAGCCAGAAGGACAUUGAAGGCAAGAAGGACAUCCGUGCAGCGCUGGCAGCUGAGAGGAAGUUCUUCCUCUCCCAUCCAGCCUACCGGCACAUAGCCGAUCGCAUGGGUACGCCACUCCUGCAGAAGACCCUGAAUCAGCAACUGACCAACCACAUCCGGGAGUCGCUGCCAGCCCUGCGCUGCAAGCUGCAGAGCCAGCUACUGUCUCUAGAGAAGGAAGUGGAGGAAUACAAGAACUUCCGACCCGAUGACCCCACGCGCAAAACCAAAGCCCUGCUUCAGAUGGUCCAGCAAUUUGGGGUGGACUUUGAGAAGAGGAUCGAGGGCUCUGGAGACCAGGUGGAUACGCUGGAGCUUUCUGGGGGCGCCCGGAUCAAUCGAAUCUUCCACGAGCGGUUUCCCUUUGAACUGGUGAAGAUGGAGUUUGAUGAGAAGGACUUGAGACGGGAGAUCAGCUAUGCCAUUAAGAAUAUCCAUGGCGUCAGGACUGGGCUCUUCACCCCGGACAUGGCAUUCGAGGCCAUUGUGAAAAAGCAGGUCGUCAAGCUGAAAGAGCCCUGUCUGAAAUGUGUCGACCUGGUUAUCCAGGAGCUAAUCAAUACAGUUAGGCAAUGUACCAGUAAGCUCACCUCCUACCCCCGGUUACGAGAGGAGACGGAACGAAUCGUCACCACUCACAUCCGGGAACGGGAAGGGAAAACCAAGGAGCAGAUUCUGCUUCUGAUUGAUAUCGAGCAGUCCUACAUCAACACGAACCAUGAGGACUUCAUUGGAUUUGCCAACUGUUACUAUACUGAGCAGCUGGUGACCGGUGCCCAGCAGAGGAACACACAGCUGAACAAGAAGAGAGCCAUCCCCAACCAGGGGGAGAUCUUGGUGAUCCGCCGGGGCUGGUUGACCAUUAACAACAUCAGCCUGAUGAAGGGUGGCUCCAAGGAGUACUGGUUUGUGCUGACAGCUGAGUCACUGUCCUGGUACAAGGAUGAAGAGGAGAAAGAGAAGAAAUACAUGCUGCCCCUGGACAACCUCAAGAUCCGUGAUGUGGAGAAGGGCUUCAUGUCUAACAAGCAUGUGUUUGCCAUCUUCAACACGGAGCAGAGGAACGUCUACAAGGACCUGCGGCAGAUCGAACUGGCCUGUGACUCCCAGGAGGACGUGGACAGCUGGAAGGCCUCAUUCCUCCGAGCCGGCGUCUAUCCUGAGAAGGACCAGGCAGAAAACGAGGAUGGGGUCCAGGAGAAUACCAUCUCCAUGGACCCACAGCUGGAGCGACAGGUGGAGACCAUUCGAAAUCUGGUGGAUUCGUACGUGGACAUCAUCAACAAGUCCAUUCGAGACCUCAUGCCAAAGACCAUCAUGCACCUCAUGAUCAACAAUACAAAGGCCUUUAUCCACCAUGAGCUGCUGGCCUACCUGUAUUCAUCGGCAGACCAGGGCAGCCUCAUGGAAGAAUCUGCUGACCAGGCCCAGCGGCGUGAUGACAUGCUACGCAUGUACCAUGCCGUCAAGGAGGCACUCAACAUCAUCGGGGACAUCAGCACCAGCACCGUUUCCACACCCGUGCCCCCGCCUGUUGACGACACUUGGCUCCAGAACACCAGCAGCCACAGCUCCCACAGCCCAAAUCCACAGCGCAGACCCAUAUCAAGCGUGCACCCCCCAGGCCGACCCCCAGCGGUGAGAGGCCCCACCCCAGGGCCCCCCCUGACUCCCAUACCAGUGGGUGCAGCAGCCUCGUUCUCAGCGCCUCCCAUCCCGUCCCGUCCUGUAUCCCAGAACAUAUUUGCCAACGACCCCUUCUCAGCCCCUCCUCAAAUUCCGUCUCGGCCUCCUCGGAUUCCACCUGCCAUCCCCCCAGGACUGCCCAGCAGAAGACCCCCUGCUGCGCCCAGCCGGCCCACCAUUAUCCGCCCAGCCGAGCCGUCCCUGCUCGACUAGGCUGCAGGGGGCAUGUUCUCGGGGGUCCUCGAGCACCUGAGGUGCAGGAGCUUCAGUGGUCUGGGUCCCUGUCACCCCUGGCCCUUCCGUCCCUCUGCUGGGACCAGGCUCCCUGUGGGCAGCCCCUGACUCUUCCCUAACCCUGACUGCUCCUCCCUGACAUAGCACUGAGUAAAAGGAUCCUGAAUCCCAGGGUCGGGGUGCUGGGGUGUUGCACUUUGAUGGGAUGGCAUCUGGGUAGCAGAGAAAGGAACUGCACCCUGGGCACUCUCUUGAAUAAGGGUUCCAGGCUGAGCUGGGGGUACUCAUCCAGGGGCUUUUCUGAACAGGAAGCCAAGCCUUUUGGAAACUGGGGCACCAAGGGCACCUGUAUCCCCACCCCAAUCCUUGCUGGGAUGGAGGGAGUGUGUCCGCGCCGCAGCAGUGGGAGUUCCCGGUGCUGCCCAAGUUGUACAUAUUCUUUCCUUGUCAUAUUAACCAACCAGCCCAGCCUUGGCUGCUGGAGGUGCCUUUGCCAGGACUAGAUCUCUCCACUGGCCAGCCUCACUCUGUCUUCCCUCAAUCCUACCCACCCACCCUCUUCGUGGGUUCCCAGGAAGGCUUGGGCUCAGGGCUGAAUGGCUGAGGAAGGUUGGAGGGCCUCUGGGUUCCCACCCAUGGUGGAUCCCAGACAGCCUCUCUCUGAGCACAUCUUCUCGCUCCUUGCUCAGUUUGACCACUGUAAGUGCCUGCACUCUGUAUCCUAUUAAUAAACUAAAAUAAAGGGAAGAAGCUUC